AAUUCUGUUUGUUGUUUAUUCGUGCACAGCACAGCAAUCGGCGCUCGGACUUAAAACAAAUACGAAUAAUGUAAAGUUUGUGUUACAUAUAAUUGUCCAUUCAUUUUCCCCACCAUACCAGUAAUUGUGCGAAAUUUUCGGCACAACAACAAUUUCAAGUCAAGACGAAUCUCUGCCACUUUUCGAAGGCACCGAAUCUCCCACACAAUCGCAGCACGGACGCACACACUCCCAUAUAGCAACGUACGUGUGUAGUAUUUGCAUGGCACAUGCACAAAAAACUGGUGUAUGUUUGAUUUAUAACUAAAGUGAGAUUAAGUUCGAAAUCUCGGUGGUAUAAAGAUGGCGUCCAACAGCCCAUCGAAGAAAAAAUCCUCUGGUAUGCGCGUUUUGUGGAUACCAGGCAGAAAAUCCCACCAUCCCAAGGGCCGCUAUAGCACCACCAGUAAGCACGUCUCGUACUCGGGUCCGCAAAAGAAAAGCGAGGUGUGGUCCUUGGGAGGCAGCAAGGCACAGACCGAGCUGAUUGACUUCCCAAUGUCCGACGGUCUAGCUACACCAUCAUCGUCCCUGAGCAUUGUGGCCACUUGCUCGUUAGUUCAAAGCGUGAAACUCGAUCAUCACACUUCCUCUGAUGAUUUAGUCGGACUUUCAGAGACUGCCACGUUGCCCGCUUCGCCAGGAGCUGAAGAUACUCCGCCACAGAGUCCACUCUCUGAGGCACCAUCGACGCCGUCCACAAAAGCCAUGACCUCUCCCAAUGUUAUAACAACAGCAGAAGUGCAGAAUUUGCACAACUUUGUGUGUCCCGAAGAUCUGCCCAAGGUGCCAGGGCAUUUGGCAGCAACAGCCGAGGCAGAACUGGCACUUAACAGCUCGGCAGGAACGACAGCUUCGAUAGCAACGACAUCCUCGCCACAGGCAAACCGCAAGGCAGAACCCCAGCAAAUGCCACCAAUAACAUCGCACUCGCAGCAAGCGUCACCCCAAAAGACCAAAUAUAAGAAUCACAAUAACAAUCAGGAGGAUAUCAAUUCAAUUGAGAGCCUCUCCAGUUUUCCACGCUUUCAGGGGAAUGCCGCUGAUUUUGAUUGGAUCGACGAGAUGGUGCAGCAACGGAACUGCAACGAACUGAUGCACAAGAACAAGCGCAAAAAGGGCUCGAAAAAGGCCAUCGAGAGUCUCGAAAAGGACCAAUUGGAUGGCAAAUCCUACGAUUACAAGACCAAGGACAAUAUUGAUAAUAAUGAUGGUGAUGAAAAGAUGGUCACAUGCCUCUACUACUCGCUCAUGUGCUGCGACUGUACUAUAUCAUAAUCGAAUGAGAGCGUUUAAGCCUCUCCAGCUACAUAUAUCCAUGUAAAAUACCUCUUUAAACCUACCUAUGUAUAAAAUAUGUACGUUUUUUGAUACGAUACCUUUUAGUAGUAUAAUAAUCUUCGAAAAGAACCCGACCCCAAAAUGAAGACACGACAGACAUUUAGCAUAAAACAAAAUUGAAAUCCGUACGCCCUCAGUAGCUACAGACAAAAGAAUAACUGAAGUAUUAACGAAUUUAUAAUGAUUUACAUGGAAGGUUAUAUUAUAAUUUACAAAAAAAAAAAAUAACAACAACCACAAAACAAAAAGAACAUUCAAAUUAACUUCCGUACUCUAUAAAAGAAUACGAGUUAGUGUGUCAGAAAACAAUCUCGUUUUGUAUGUACAUUAUUAAAGCUAUUUUGUACUUUUGUAAAUAAGGUAUUUUCUACAAAAUACACCAUAAAACAAAUACAAAACUUGUAGCUUGUAUUAUUUAUGCGCCCAAAGCGAAGGAAGCUCUUGAAAAUGAAACCCACUAUCGGGCAAUGUGUAGAAAAGCCAAACCCUUUACGUGCUGACAACCCCCUGCUAGAGUAGAUGCAAUAUCAAUAUUCUCAAUAUUCUUUGAAUAUUCCGAAUCACUAUAAAACCAUUUUUUGUCAUCCAACAACAUGGUUAAUAUCAUAGACUUUGGUAGAACCCUAUUUUAAGAUCAUCUACGCAUUCUAAGGGUCUCUCUCUCUCUCUCUCUCUCUCUCUCUCUCUCUCUCUCUCUCUCUCUCUCUGUGCAUACUGACACUCGAAAUGUACUUUGUAUUCUUUCACUUAGCGAAAAUUUAAGACUGUUUUUGUCCGUCUUCAUCUGCUAUUGCUUUCUACUAACGCUUUGUUUCUCUCGAUACGAUAGACCUGUUGAUAGAACUCACUUUAAAAGCCAUGGCGUUGUCUUUCUCUUCAUGUAUGCAUGUAUCCUUUUGCUUAUGGCACAUUUUAACAUUACUCGAGGGCACUGCAUCGUUAUGCAAAGCAUACGAUACGAUAGAUCUGUUGAUAGAACUCACUUUAAAGGCCAUGGCGUUGUCUCUCUCUUCAUGUAUGCAUGUAUCCUUUUGCUUAUGGCGCAUUUUAACAUUAAUCGGGGGCAUUGCAUCGUUAUGCAAAGCAAUGACUGCUCGCAACACAUUUUUUUGGUAACUUUUGGUCUUGUUUUAUGACCAGUUUGGAUCGUAAUGAAAACCAGUUUGAAAGCCAGAGCCAAAAUUAAUUUUUCUUGAUCUUAUUUCGAAUUAAAAACGAAUCAACAAGGUGCAUGCGAUCCAUUCAAAAACAAGAUUCGCAAGGUAAAGCAAAGAGAAAGCCCAGGUAUUUGGUGACGUGACGAGGCUAAUCGUAAGGCUAAUGAUACGAUACCUACAUAAAAUAGAAUUUCGCUCAAUAUGCUGAAAGAAGAACACGGACAAUUGGU